AUGGCUGAAGCUCAUGUGGGCUCUGGGAAGGUGGCUCUCUUCCGCCAGGAAUCACCAGAAGGCCUCACCUACCGCAUCCCAGCUCUGAUGUACCUGCCUUCUGAGUCCGCUUUCCUAGCCUUUGCGGAGGAACGUUCAUCGCCCAGUGAUGACCACGCCAAGUCUCUGGUGAUGAGACGAGGGAAGAAGGAAGGACGCUCUGUCCAGUGGGGUCCUCAAGAAGCCCUGGUGACUGCCGUCCUUCCUGACCACCGCACAAUGAACCCUUGUCCGGUGUAUGACAGAAGGAGUAGCAACGUUUUUCUCUUCUUUAUCUGCGUUGAGUGUCAUGUCACGGAGCUGCACCAGAUCAAGUCAGGGAAGAACGCUGCCAGGCUGUGCUACAUCUUCAGCCAAGAUGGCGGCCGCACAUGGAGCCAGUUGACUGACUUGACUGACGAGGUGAUCGGAGAUGAUUUGAUAAACUGGGGCACCUUUGCUGUUGGGCCCGGCCAUGGAUUGCAGACAAGCUCUGGGCGCCUGGUGAUUCCCGCGUAUGCUUAUUAUAUCCACAAGCGUAGCUGUGGCAUUCCAAUUUGCUGCUGCACCAAGCCUCAUUGUUUCAUUUUCUACAGCGAUGACAGUGGCCAGAACUGGGCCCAGGGCCAGCUGGUCACCAGCUUCCGAGCAGGAGAGUGCCAGGUUGCUGAGCUGACCCACCAGGAAAACGGCCAAGUAUUAUACUGCAAUGCCCGCAGUACAGAAAAGUUCAGGGUUGAGGCCUUCAGCACAGAUGACGGCAACCAAUUUGAGGAAUCUUUCCUGUGUAAGGAGUUGCCCGAGACAGGAAAAGGUUGCCAGGGCAGCAUGGUGAGUUUCACCUCAGUGCCGCAGCCAUCAGAGACGGACCACAUAGAAGGUACAAAGCAAUCAAGUCAGCCACUCGAUAUUAAUCCUGCAGCAUCCCUUGACUCUCCAAAGCAAUGGCUGCUCUUCUCUCACCCCACAGGCAGACACAAGCGAGUCAAUCUAGGAAUCUACCUCAACACUUCCCCGCUGGUGAAGGGCAGCUGGAAGGACCCCUGGGUGCUGUAUGAAGGGCCCAGUGGCUACUCAGACCUGGCCGUGUGCGAGGAGGGCCAGUUGCUGCUCUUUGGCUGCUUGUUUGAGAGUGGAGUGUCCAGUGAGUUGGAGGAGAUCGCUUUCCAGCUUUUCAGUAAUGUUGAACUCCUGAAGAAUCUGAGGGAAAGUUGAUCUCACACAGACUCUUCCUUAGGAGUUUGGGCUGCCCUAAACGAUGCUUAGCACCCAAGAACAGAAAAUGAGACAGUUUUUAAAUUUUUCCUUCUGCUAAUCUUGGUUCAGUUAUUGGCUUGGAAUUCUGAGGUGAGGAUUUCAGAAAAUGGCCGCCACUCAACCAACAAGCCCUCCUUUUUACCUCACCGGAAAAAGCACAGAGAAACCGCUGCAGCCACAUCUUGAAACUAAUAGUAGCAAAUAUGCUCUCUUAUAUUCAAGAGGGUUUUGAUUAUUACCUCAGGAUUUGUAGCCCAUAUCUGUCAACCAGUGAAUAAGCGUUGCUUAAUUGGUGUCGCUUUUGCUCUGGAACCUGAACUGGCCUGAACUGUGGUUCUGGCGCUCAUUUGCUUCGCUGGCACUUUCUUCGCUAGUACUUUCAAGAAGAAAGUUUCUAAAGCUUCUAGAGGCAAACCUUAAA